AAUCACACGUUCUUCCUCGAGAUGCCGAGACCGCCUGACCCCCCGACCCAACAAGUUUUAUUAUUUGUCCACGGACGUCACAUCGGGGACGGUAUAAAAGGAGGGUAUUCUUCUGCCUGUGCUCAUUCUUCCUCCGUCUUCUCACCCCCCCCUCUCUAAGCUGAUCUCCGUCAACUUGUAUCACAAUGCUGGGCUCUGCAGGGUCUCUUCUGCUGCUCCUCCUCGCCUGGGGGGCCAGAGCUUUAUCGCAGCCAGACGACAACCGGAUAACACUGGGACGCAACCAGGAUCUAAACGCAAUACAAGAGGACCUCCUCCUGAAGCUGCUCUCAGGAUGGACAGACAGCAGGGAAAGUAAUUUAGUGGAGGUCGAAAGAAGCGUCCCCGAUCCUCCUGAGCCCAAAAUCGCCCAACCGGUCAAAUUUCCGCGCCUGUCUCUGCGGGAACGGAAAGCGCCCUGCAAAAACUUCUUCUGGAAGACGUUCACUAUGUGCUAGAAAUCGCUGUUUGUGUUUUAUUCUUUUUUUUUUAUUAUUAUUUAUGGAUUUGUGACAUUGAUAAAGUUUGUAAAUAACAUGACAUCACCCUAUGGGGGAUUUGUUCAUUUCCAUUAAACUUAAGGCGUCAUUCAGCAGUGAA